CCCCCGACAACAGGUGCACAUUCCUGGGCGCCUCGUCACUUCCCCUGGCCUGACGGCCUCGGCCGCUAUCCGGACAAACUCCCUGACUCCCUAAGGCAGGGCCAUGGCCUUAGGGGCGCUGCUUCUGCUUCUGGGGGUGCUCGGGACGCCCCUCGCCCCAGGCGCCCGCGGGUCGGAAGCCGAAGGCCAACUGAUUAAGAAACUUUUCUCGAACUAUGAUAGCUCGGUGAGGCCGGCGCGGGAGGUGGGAGACCGCGUCGGGGUCAGCAUCGGCCUCACCCUGGCGCAACUCAUCAGCCUGAACGAGAAGGAUGAAGAAAUGAGCACAAAGGUGUACUUAGACCUGGAGUGGACCGACUACAGGUUAAGCUGGGACCCUUCAGAACACGAUGGCAUCGAUUCUCUCCGCAUUACUGCCGAAUCCGUUUGGCUCCCUGAUGUGGUGCUGCUGAACAACAAUGACGGAAAUUUCGACGUUGCCCUGGACAUUAAUGUCGUGGUAUCCUUUGAGGGCUCUGUGCGCUGGCAACCCCCUGGCCUGUACCGCAGCAGCUGUAGCAUCCAGGUCACCUACUUCCCCUUUGACUGGCAGAAUUGCACCAUGGUGUUUAGUUCCUACAGCUAUGACAGCUCUGAGGUCAGCCUGAAGACAGGGCCAGAUCCUGAAGGACAGGAGAGGCAGGAAAUCUACAUUCAUGAAGGGACCUUCAUUGAGAAUGGCCAGUGGGAGAUUAUCCACAAACCCUCUAGGUUAAUCCAGCUCCCAGGGAAUCGGAGAGGAGGGAAGGAAGGCCAUCGUGAGGAAGUUAUCUUCUAUCUUAUUAUUCGGAGGAAGCCUCUCUUCUACCUGGUCAACGUCAUCGCCCCGUGCGUCCUCAUCACUCUCUUGGCCAUCUUUGUUUUCUACCUUCCACCAGAUGCAGGAGAGAAAAUGGGGCUCUCCAUCUUCGCCCUGCUGACCCUCACUGUGUUCUUGCUGCUGCUGGCCGACAAAGUGCCUGAGACCUCCCUGGCGGUGCCCAUCAUCAUCAAGUACCUCAUGUUUACCAUGGUCCUUGUCACCUUCUCCGUUAUACUUAGUGUUGUGGUCCUCAACUUGCACCAUCGCUCACCCCACACCCACCAAAUGCCCUUUUGGGUCCGCCAGAUCUUCAUUCACAAGCUCCCUCCGUACCUGGGUCUGAAAAGGCCCAAACCCGAGAGAGACCAACUACCAGAACCACAUCACUCUUUUUCUCCAAGAAGUGGCUGGGGCAGAGGAACUGAUGAAUAUUUCAUCCGGAAGCCUCCAAGUGAUUUUCUCUUCUCUAAACUUAACAGGUUUCAGGCUGAAUCAUCUGCCCCGGACCUGCGACGAUUUAUCGACGGUCCAACCCGGGCUGUAGGUCUGCCUCAAGAGCUACGCGAGGUCAUUUCCUCAAUCAGCUACAUGGCCCGACAGCUGCAGGAACAGGAGGACCACGACGCACUGAAGGAGGACUGGCAGUUUGUGGCCAUGGUUGUGGACCGUCUUUUUCUGUGGACAUUCAUCGUUUUCACAAGCGUCGGGACCCUAGUCAUUUUCCUAGAUGCCACGUACCAUUUGCCCCCUCCUGAACCUUUUCCUUGAGGACCCUCCAGUCAUUUUUGCCAAAUGCUGCAGGCACUCUCAAGCUCUAUAGCUCUUGGCUCCUGUAAGAAUCUUGUUUCUGGGAAGACGUUGAAGUGAGACUUGGGGGCUGAGCAGUGUGCCUUGGACCCACCCGAAAUGUCCUUCUACUUAUUUAGAGUUUUGUUCUUUUGCAGUUUUGUUUUUGAGACGGUCUCACUCUGUGGCCCAGGCUAGCCUGGAACACUGAAGUCCACGCUGGUCUCAAACUCUCAGCAGUGCUAGUUCCUUAGCUUACCAAAUGUUGGAAUUAUAGACCUGGUAAGCCAGCGCACUUGGAUUCUGUUUCUUGAAACCACACAGAAUGCCACAGCUUAGAUCUCUAGUGAAAUAGAAUUAUAACCAAGUAGUAGAUUGUAAGCCUUUUGAGGACAAGAAAUCUGUUGGCUACUGUAACCUCCCCAGCAAUGUGCACAGGUCCUAGCCCAUAAGUGCUUAACAUUUGUUGAAGAGAGGGGAAAAAAUCUGGAAGGAAAUAUAAAAUAAUACCGCCUACAAUUGCAUGUAUUAAAACUAAAAUGUAGAAAAAUGA